GGAGCCACAGGGGAGCCACAGGGGAGCCACAGGAGCCACACGGGAGCCACACGGGAGGGACACGGCAGCCACCGGCCGGAGCUCGGGCGGAGAGCGCGGAACAGCCCCAGGUCACUGACAGCUGGGGCCAUCCGAGCCGCUGGGUGAUGAAGAGCUCUGGGCUGUGAGUGAAGAAAGGACCUGCAGACACAGGAGUGGCUUCCAGAGCAUCACCUCAGCAGCUCAGCCCCUGGAGGGGAGAAGGUGUAAUCUGUUUGUGCUGACCCCAGAAGGCUGAGCAAAGCAUCAUGAACAGCCACCAGCCAGUAAAAAUCUUCAAGAAAUCUUCUAUCCCAGGAGUUGUUGUCACUCAGUUUGUGAAUGAUGUUCCACAAGGAUGCAGUACACCUGAUUUUGAGAAGAAACCACUCACUCUGACACUGCAGGAAGGUAAAAAUGCCAUUUUCAGAGCUGUGGUCAAAGGUGUCCCAACUCCUGAGGUGAAAUGGUCACGUACACGGAAAGCAAUGGAUGAUUCUGCCAAAUACGAAAUGUCCUUCAAUAGUGCCACAAAUGAAUUCAUUCUGCAGAUCAGGAGUGUGGUUGUGGAUGACAGUGACCUGUAUCGCUGCUGUGCCAUCAAUGCCUACGGAGAGGCCUCGUGCUCUGCUGGCCUCAGGAUCAUCCAAGUUGGCUUUAAGAGGAAGGCGAAAUAUGUUCCUGUUCAUGCUGCUGAUGAGCUCAAGAAGACACUCCUGGACUCCAAGAAGCUGCUAAGGAAGAGGGCUGCAGCACCAAAACCAAAGCCCCUGGACAAAGAAGCUGUAUGGCAGCUGCUGCUGCAUGCAGAUAAGAGAGAUUAUGAGAAAAUCUGUAUGAAAUAUGGAAUUGUUGACUUCCGUGGGAUGCUGAGGAAGCUGCAGGAGAUGAGGAAGGACACAGAGAGUGAACAAGACAAGUUAAUCCACAGUCUCAAAAACUUUGAACACAUCAGAGUCAACAAGGAGGGAAAUGCUACCUUUAGUCUGGAGAUGGAGCUGAAAAACAGCAACAGCAACGUUUACCUGCUCAAGGUGAGGGGGAUGAGCUGGGCAGCAGCAGCUUGGAGCAGCCCCUCAAGUGUUCCACAGGAAAGGUUUCAGCUGCUGGGCAGUGGCUCCAUCCCGGUGCGGUUCCGGCAGGCGCUGGCCGAUGUGCGCUGUGCCGAGGCCGCGGACGCCCGGUUCCAGUGUGAGCUGUGCACGCCCUGCCAUGAACCCCUGUGGCUGCACAAGAGCCACCCCCUCCAGAACAGUGCCAAGCACCAGAUCUCUGUGAGCCCCGAUGGCCUGAGCCACGAGCUGACUGUCAGGAACGUGGGGCCCUCGGACAGCGGGCUGUACACGCUCGACGCGGGACACGGCUCCUCCAGCGCCUGGCUCCUCGUGGAGUAUGCCAAAGGAAAGAGGAGACAGGAUGAAGGAGAAAAGAUUGAAAGGGAGACAUCUGAGUGGCUGAAGGAAGCAAUGGCAGACAAUGAAAGGGCGAGGAAGCUUCGGCGCCAAGAACAAGCUGCUGCUGAAGAUUCUUCCUUUUCCACAUCCUCUGCUGCAGAGAAAAGUGCCUGGUACAGAACAACUCAAGGCAGCAGCCAAGGCAGGGGCCAAGGACACUCCAUUGAUUCUGAUGAUGGAAGCCAAAGAUUUUUGGGAAAAGAGGGUCUACGCAAAACCCACAUGAACGGAGAGACGGGGUCUGGACAGUUUUCUGGAGCAGGUCUAGAUGGAGACUCAGCAGGCAAUGGUGGCAGCACCUUUGGACUAAAAGGCUUAGGAGGCAGAAGUGGGUUAAGGGCUGUCCAUGGUGUGGACUCUGUGUCAGGUCCUGGUGCUGCAGCAGGAGGGGCAGGUGAAUGGAAUUCUGUGGGUGGCAGAGGUGAGGGUGUGCUGGGUGCUGUUAACAUUGACAUGGAUGACGGAGGAGGUUUGGGCUCCCAGCACGACAAGGAAGGGAAUUCAGGUGAUGCCAGCUACAGAGCUGGUUUUGGGGGUGCUGGAAGGUUGGGUGGUGGAAGUUCUGUGCCAGGUGGACUUGAUCCUGAUUCAGCUGGAGUGGGAGCCAGUGUGAAUGAUCUGUUCAGCAGGACUGGAGCUGGGGGGAAUGCUGCAGGUGCUGGAAUGGCAGCAGAAAUGAGGUCCCACCACGGCAAGGAUGGGCAUCCCACUGUGGGUGAUGUGUAUGGAGGUAUAAACAGAGAGGGACAAACAGGGACUCCUUAUGGCAAGGAUGGCUUGGUACCUCAUGCCAGUGGUCAGUUAGGGCAGGCAGGAAGAUCUGGCUCACUGCAUGGGCCAGGAGGCUUUCCAGGUGGAGAUGGGGCUGUACCUGCUGCACAUGGCAAUUCCACAAGAGAAAUGGAGGCUUUGUAUGGUCCAGAUGGUCGGGCACUGGGAGCAGGUGCUGGUGGUGCUGGUGGAGCUGGUGCAGGAGGAUUUGGAGCUCCCUAUGGGAAGGAUGGUCUUCCCAUUGGAGCAGGCAUUGGUGGGGCUGGUGGUGCAGGUGCACUUGGAUCUCCCUUUGGAAAGGAUGGUCUCCCAGCUGGGGCUGGUGGUGCAGGAGGAUUUGGAGAGGCUUUGUAUGGUCCAGAUGGUCAGCCACUUGGAGCAGGUGGUGGUGGUGCUUCUGGUGCAGGGAGAGUUGGGGGUUCCUAUGGAAAGGAUGGUCUCCCAGCUGGAGCUGGAGUUGGUGGAGCUGUAGGUGGUGGGUUUGGAGGUGCUGGCUCUCCUUAUGGAAUGGAUGCUUUUCCAGCUGGAGCAAGUGUUGGAGGGCCUGGUGCAGGAGGACUUGGAGCUCCCUAUGGGAAGGAUGGUCUCCCAGCUGGAGAUGGUCUCCCAGCUGGAGCUGGUGUUGGUGGUGCAGGGGGAGUUUUGGGUCCCUAUGGAAAGGGUGGUCUCCCAGGUGUGGCAGGAGCUGCUCAUUUUCUUCCUGGGGGUGAGGAAAUGGUGGGAUCUGGUUGUGGCACAGAUGGUACACUGAGCAGAGCUCCAGGAUAUGCAGGUGGAGCAGGAGGAGAGGGCUUUUCCAGGGAAGGCUCUGCACCGUGGGGUGCAGGGUCUGCCUAUGGCAAGGACAGAGGUUCAGCUGUAGCCAUGGCUGGUGCAGGUGGGGUUGGGAGCUUGGGAGGGGAUGAAUGGGAUUCAGUCCACGUUAAAGAAGGUGUAGGUGGUGCUGGUGGAUCACGUGGUGAAUAUGGGCUGGAUGCACAUCCUGGUAGAUCUUCGAGAGGUGAAACUGGAAAGGGCACUCCUGGUGAUGUCCAAGGGCCAGGGAACAAAGGCUCAGCUGGUGACAGAGGGUCCCUGUCAGGUCCAGGAGGAGCCAGGGCAGAAGGCAGAGAUUUGGGGCAGUUGGGCUCCCCUUAUGGCAUAAAUUCUGCCUUUGGAAAGGCAGGGAGUAAAUCCCAUGACAGAUCUGUUGAUGGGAGUGGGCUUGGUCAAGGUCCACUGGGCUAUGGCCAGAUGUCAGGUCCUUUUGGUGGACCUCCUUCAGCAAAUCAGAGAAACCAGGAACCUGACCUGGAUCUUAAAGCAAAUGAUUCCCUGAAGAACACGGAAAGCACAGGACAAAAGAGACGGAGUGUCCUGGAUGAUCUCAAAGUCCCACGCUGUUACCUCAACAAGCAGCUGGCAACCGUGCGAGUGCAGAAGGGCGAGCCAGCCGAGCUGUCCUGCACUGUCAGCAAGGACAAUGUGACAGGAACCUGGUUUAAGGAUGGCCUAAAGUUAACAAGCAUGGAUGGAGUCGUCUUUGAAAAGAAAGGUUUUGUCCACAAAUUGAUCAUUAACAAAGCUGAAGAUAUUCAUGCUGGUAAAUACAGGUUUGAAGGUGGAGAUGUAAAAACUGAAGCUUCAAUUUUUGUUGAAGAUCCUCCCCAGGUGGACAAAGUACUCCUGAAGAACUUGACCAGUGUUCCCACGGUGGCCAAGGCUGGGGAGGCGGUGAAGCUGCGGAUCCCGUUCAAGGGUCGAGGGCCCAUCAGGGCAGCGUGGCUGAAGGACAGGAUGGAGCUGGGGGAUGACACCAGGAUCCGUGUGGACAAGACAGACACCUGCACCACACUGUCCAUCUCCAGCUGCAGCAGGAGGGACUGUGGGGAUUACAAAGUCAGGCUCAAGAACGACAGUGGGACACUGGAGAUCAACCUAAAGCUCGUGGUGAUAGACAAGCCACAGGCCCCAGCAGGACCCAUAAAAAUUGUGGAAAGCUCUGCCAACAACAUCACGAUCCAGUGGAAGCCCCCAAAGGAUGACGGGGGCAAACCAGUGCAAAGGUACCUCAUAGAGAGGCAGCAGGUGGGCAGGAACGACUGGGAGACCUUGGGAGAAACCCCCAGGAGCUGCAGCACCUUCACCACCAGCAAAGUGGAGGAAGAUGUGAGCUACUACUUCAGGGUGAGGGCCAUGAAUGCCGAGGGAGUGAGUGAUGCGCUGGAGUCGGGGGAAGUCAAGGCUGCUGGUAAAGCUUCCCCCGGUGCCCCAGAUCCCCCUGAGAUCAUCAGUGCCAGCAGGGACACCAUCACCAUAUCCUGGAAAGCUCCUUGUAAAACUGGCACGUCCCAAAUUAUGGGAUACAUCGUUCAGAAACGCAAGAAGGGCACUGUGACCUGGCUGCCAGUCACCAAGGUGCCUGUCAAAGACAAGAAGCUGAAGGUGACCAGCCUGAAGAAGGGUGUGCAGUACGAGUUCCGUGUGGCAGCUGUCAAUGCUGCUGGCACAGGACAGCCCAGUGACCCCUCAGAGGCCGCCUUCGCCCAGGACCCCACCAAAUCUCCAGGCCAAGUGCAGGACCUUAGAGUGAGCAGUAGUGACAGCACCAGCAUCACCUUGACAUGGAACAAACCUGAAGUACAAGAUGGGAAUGAUGUGAAAGGCUACGAGGUGGAGAUGAGGCCCUGUAACAGCUCCAGAUGGACCAAGUGCUUCACCCUCCCUGCAGAGAGCACCUGCUGCAGGCUCCAGGGCCUCCAGGCCGGGGAGAAGCUGCUCCUGCGCGUGACGGCCCUCGGCACCAGCGGCCACGGGGAGCCCUUGGAGCUCGAGGCCUGUGCAGAGCCACACCUCAUCUCUCCCAGGUUUCUGAUAGAUGACACAGUGAAAAGCUUCCUGGUUAUAAAAGCAGGGAAUCCCAUCCAGGUGAAGAUUCCCUUUGAGGGAUCUCCUGAGACGGUGGUGACCUGGUUAAAGGAUGGGCUCCCCCUUCCCAGCCGGGCUGCCGUGAGCACCAAGGAUGGAAGUGCCCAGCUGCUGCUCAGGGCAGCUGAGAUCAGUGACAGCGGCACCUACAGCAUCGAGCUCGGGGAUGGGCUGGGGAAAAGGGAAACCUUCAGCUUCCAGCUUCAAAUUACAGAUGUCCCCCAGCCCCCUGGAGCCAUCCAGCUGCAGGAGAAUGUGCCCAACACAGUGACAGUGACCUGGGACCCCUCAGCAUCUGAGAAGUGGGAGAAGAACCUCUAUUACACUGUCCUGAAACGGGAAUCCCAGAAGGGUCUGUGGCAUGUGCUGGGGGACCUGAUCUACAACAACAAGUUCACCUUCACCAGGGUGGUCCCAGGCAGGGAUUAUUACUUCAGGGUUGUGGCAAAAAAUGACCUGGGAGCCAGUGAUCCAUCAGAGACUGUGCAGCCCUGGAGGAUCUGGAAAAAAAAGGCUGAGUUUCGAGUGCAAGCACAGAAGUACAGGGGAGUUAACCAGAACCAGCCCCCGAGGUUCCUGGUGCCACUCAAGUGCCAUGUCGUGGUGACAGGCAGCGAGUGUCGCAUGAGCUGCGCUGUCGGGGGCCAUCCCCCCCCAAAAAUCAAAUGGUACAAGGACAGCAGAGACCUCUCCAGAGAUCCCAACUACUUCUGCACCAACGACUUUGGAGUGUGCUCCCUGGUGGUGCUGGGGGUCACCAAGCAGGACGAGGGGGAGUACAUGGUGGAAGCCAGCAAUGAAAUGGGCCGUGCCUUCAGCAAAGCCUUCCUCGCCAUCAAAGACUCCUCCCUGUAGCAUGGCCCUGCUGAGAACAUCCCUGCAUGACUCCCAGGAUGAGAAGGUUUGGGUGAGGACUCCUCCAUAUGAAGGCUGUGCAUUUAUGGUCAGAUGUUCUUCAUAGUCUGAGGGCAUUAUUUUUCAGAUCCAGUAAUUGUAGUUUGAACAUGAUGCUGCAUUGUCAUCAAUACUGAGGGAAAAAAGCUUUAAGAGCACUGUAUUUUAUUUUUUUUAAUGAUCAGGCUAUCCAUGAGACCUUUAAAACACAGCUUAGAAGCUUCACGAACACAGAAGAUGAGAGGAAAAAUAAUUAGCCAAAAUGAAACUUUCUGUGGAGAACACAGAUGGAAGAGAUCAUCUUGCCACACCACUCACCCAUAAGAAGGACAUUUCUGGACAUCAGGGGUCUCUGGUCCUUUCACAUAUGCUUUUUCAAGCCAAAAAACCACUUUGGAAUCCCAUGUGAUUCUCUGCAGGUUUCCCAAAUCUGGCAGAAGCAGUUCUGCAUGUGUUCUACUACCAGUAGCAUCUAAAUAGAUUAUCUAACCCCUAAGUCAUUUUGUCUGGGCAGGAGAUGAAAUCUCAGACCAGCCUGGCACGGGGUGGCUGAAAUUCCCACUGCAAAGGGGGAAGGACUGUAAGUCUACAACCAGUGUGUGAGCAGAGCAACUCCCCAAACCCCCAGCAUGUGCUGUACAAAGGCUGUGCCAGUCCUGAACCACCCCCAGCAUCAUCCUGUGUGUACCCCCGCUUAUGGCACUGCUGGGAGCCUUUUGCCUUGUGCAGAAAGAGGUGAAAAAUCCUUCCUGUCUGACCAGAAAUAUGAGGGACCCCUGCAGUGGCCAGGGGUUUCCAUCACAGCAAAACGUUCUGCUGGCUGUAGGAGGGUGUCACAGCCAGGGCACCAAGGGUGCUUUGUGACAGGAGAGAGCAGAGCCAAACACAGCUGUGGGGCUGGAAUGUUCCUUCGGAUUACAUGUUGUACAAUGUUGUACAGAUGUAGCAGCAGUAGAUAAUUAAAUUGAACCACAGUUCAGCCAAAUC